AUGGGUACAGAAGAUAAGAACUGGAGUUCUGACAGUGAUCUAGAAGAGACAGUUAACGAUGAUCUUAGAUCCGCUUGUAAUUGGCCAGAAAAAAGAUAUACUGUGCUAAAGGAGCGAGAUUUACGUAAGCUACAGGAAGAAGAUAUUACAGAGAUAUCUACUGUGCUUUACAUUGCAACAGCAUCGGCAACCAUCUUGUUGCGAUACUACGACUGGAACGUUGUCAGAGUGCAGGAAGCAUGGUUUGCCAACGAAGAAAAAGUUCGCAAGGAUGUUGGGUUGUUGUUAGAGAACCAAUUAGCUACGAUUCAAUCCAUCGAGAGUACAAUCAAGUGCCCGAUCUGCUUUCAUGAGUUCCCUCGCGAUGGUGUGUGCGCUACUUUUUGUGGUCAUCUCUUUUGUAAAUUAUGUUGGACACAAUAUGUUAGCAAAAAUAUUAGUGAAGGACCUGGAUGUUUAAAGAUGCAAUGUCCUGAACCAUCUUGUGCUGCCGCUGUUGGUCAAGACAUGAUUAAUGAUCUGGUUUCUGAUGAAGAUAAGGAGAAGUAUUCUCGUUACCUUGUCAGAUCUUACGUCGAUGAUCAGAGAAAUAUCAAAUGGUGCCCUGGUCCUGGCUGUGAGUAUGCUGUUGGCUUUAUUGGAGAUAAUUUAGGUUACUGCUUCUUUGGAGAUAGUUCGAUUUAUGACGUUGUUUGCAAUAACGGACAUAGCUUUUGCUGGAAUUGUCUUGGCGAAGCACAUCGUCCGGUUGACUGCGACACUGCGGGAAAGUGGACCAUGCAGAAUAGUAAUGAGCCUGAAAACCUAACUUGGAUAUUUGCCAACUCCAAACCAUGUCCAAAAUGCAAAAGACCAAUUCAGAAAAACCAAGGGGGUAUGCAUAUGACAUGCCGUUGCGGAUUUGAAUUCUGCUGGCUCUGCCUUAGUGACUGGUCAGCUCAUUGGGAGAGUGCAGGUGAUUACUACUCGUGUAAUGUUUAUGAAAAAGCAAGAGCAGAGGGCGUAUAUGACGAGGAAGAAAAAAUAAAGAAAGAAGCUAAAGAUUAUUUGGAUAAAUAUGCUUUUUACUACGAAAGAUUUGUUGAAAACCAAAAGUCAAGGCUUAAAGCAGCUGAAAGCUUGCAGAAAUUCAAAUCUCGGGAUUUAGCAAUGCUUAGGUACAGCUAUUAUAAGACUGAUGUUGAGCUUGACUUCAUUACAGAUGCUUGGCAACAGAUUAUGGAGUGCAGGCGUGUUCUAAAAUGGAGUUAUGUCUAUGCAUAUUACUUGCCUACAAGUGAGCAUGUAAGGAAACCACUCCUUGAUUAUCAUCAAGGUGAAGCUGAGUUGUGCUUGGAAAGGCUCCAUGAAUGCGCAGAACAGGAAAUUCAGAAAUAUAUAUUAUAUCCCCAAGAAGAUGAUGCAGCCGGAGACUUCAUACAUUUCCUUAGAAAGCUUCGUGACCUGACCAGUAUCACAAGGACUUACUUUGAAAACUUGGUUCGUUCGUUAGAGAAUGGUCUUUCAGAAGUAGGCUCACGAUAA